GUCUCUGGAGCAUCCACCCACCUGGAGCCAUGGUCCAUGCUUUCCUCAUCCACACCUUGAGGGCCCCGAAUUUGGAAGAUACAGGCCUUUGCCGAGUGCUGUACUCCUGUGUCUUUGGUGCUGAGAAGUCACUGGAUGAUCCACGGCCACAAGGUGCAGAAAGGGACAGGCUCUUCCGCAAGGAACAGAUUUUGGCCGUGGCCAGACAGGUGGAGUCACUAUGCAGGCUGCAGCAGCAAGCAUCUGGAUGUCCCUCCACAGACCUGCAGCCUCAGUUCUCAGAUGAGCCUGUGUCCCUGCAUGAGGCCCCUCAUGGAGCCUUUUACCUGGGAGCUGGGGACCCUUUCCAGGAGCCACAGACAGUGGUGUGGCUGGGUGUGCUCUCCCUAGGCUUUGCCCUGGUACUGGACACCCAUGAGAACUUGCUCCUGGCUGAGAGUACACUCCGGCUGUUGGUCCGCCUUCUCCUUGAUCACCUCCGGCUACUGGCACCAGGCAACAACUUCUUGUUGCGGGCUGACCGCAUUGAAGGAAUCGUCUCCCGCUUCCUGCCACAUGGACAGCUGCUUUUCCUCAAUGACCAGUUUGUCCAGGAUCUGGAGAAGGAAUUCAGUGCUGCUUGGUCCCGCUGACUCCCCCCCCCCCCAGAAUGAGGACAAAGAGGGAGAGUAAAGACUACGUACUUCAAGGAGAAGUACCUCUUACCUAGGCUUGCCCUAGUGUGAUGUGUGGUCACACUCUGGACAGAUGGAUUGGACAAGCUGGGAGGAAGAGGCCUGGGUAGAAGGCAGAGGAGGCUGUCUGUGCCUAUUCCUAGGUCAGUGAAAUUGCAGAACAUCCUGAACCUAGAGCUGCCAUGUGACCUUCUAGACUCUGCAGUGUUCACCACACUAGUCCUUGACUCCACUUCCUCCCAACCCUACCAGCUGCCUGUGCUGGAGCAGUGUACUGCCUGCCAAGACUUUAGCUUACCUUCUCUAUAACCCCAGCACAAAAGGAGUCUUUGGGACUCCCUUCAAGGUGGAGGAACUGGGCCGGUAUACUGGCAAGCCCUGGCCCUUGCCUUUGCACAUCAUCAAGGAUUUUGUCAGCAAGGCCUAUUCUGCAUCCAGCUCCAUCAGCAUGGGGAUUCUGCAGCUUCUGUAUCUACCAGGCAAGCUGAGAACACAACAGCUUUUCUCAUCUGCUGGCUGGCGAAUGCCAGUCGUCUGGCCCAGGUGAUGUCUUACUUUGAAUUAAAAAUAAUGGCUGUCUCACUUUGUCCCCUUUUUGUGCACCUCAUGGAUGCAGUGACCUCCUGUGAGUGAGCAUCUGCCUGAGUGACCCCCACUACCUGCUCAAGCACCCUCCUCCGAGCUUCCUUUUGAGUCCUCCAUCCUCUCCAGAUGUUUGUUUGUACUUCUCUUGGAUGGUGGAACUUCCUUUUUUGCUGGAGUAUUUGUCACAGGUGGUUGGUUAGUGUGGAUACCUGAGAAGCAGAGACUGAGACAUUUCCUGAGGGCAGUUCUGUCCUUCUGCUGUGGGACCCGAGGAUCAAGCUCAGGCCAUCAGGCUUCCUGGCAGGCACUUUAAUCAGCUGAGCCAUCUCACCAGUACAUGAUGUGUUUUUUCCCAAGUAAAAUGGAGCCCUUUUAUUUCAGAAAUAUUUUCCCAACUAGGUCAUUAAGUGGCUAUUGUGAUUCAUUGUUCCAUUUAGAUAAUCCAACUGCACAGCACGUGGGUCUCCUGUUGCUCAUCUUCCCCUAUGCUAAGCGUGGCAGAUACCAAAAGCUCCAGGAAAGAGAAGUUACUUUUGGAAGAUGGAUCUCUUGUGUACAGAGACGGCACAGUGUAGCUUAACCAAGAAGGGAACCGUAGUCUGCAAAGUGAGGCUCAACCGUGUCCCACAUCUCUGCCAUCUGAGUAGUUCCAAAUCAUCCAUCCCAGGAGGUUGGAUCUCAUGGUAUUCAAAUGUGAUUUCUUCCGCCCCUCUUCUCUGCAGUGGGAUGCCCAGUACCCAGUACCACCUCAGCAUUUCAAGAUCUCAUGGAACAUUUGUGUCUCCAAAACAUCUGAGUCUAUCCUGUUAUCGGUUUCACUGGCCUCUCAGAAUGUUACUCUCCUUUCUGCUUUGUUCUCUAAGCAUGUAAUAUGCUGUUUCCACUGAUGCUCACUCACCAGAAAAAAAAAAGAAAGAAAAAAAAGAAAAAAAAAAAUCAAGUACUUGCAUUUGGUCAUAGCUGACUGUUAUGAGCAUUUAGGGAGAUAUAUAGGAGGAAGAGAGAGAGAGAAACAACCUCAUUAACCUUGUAUUUGUCAGUAAUCAAACACUGUAACGAAAUAUCUGAGGCUGGGUUCAUUUUUAAAGAAAAGAGGUUUAUUUAAUCCCAGUCUUGAAGUUAAAGUAUGGCACUGGUGUUAGCUUGGCUCUAGAGAUAUCCUCAUGGUGGAUGGCAAUUCAGUGGUAGGAACAUGGGCAGAGAGAGGCCGGGAACAUCAAGAAAGGAGUUGGCCACACAGGAAGCUAGGAACAGACAGGAACCAAUCAUGACCUCACAGUAAGCUCUACAUAGAUGACAGGUAGGAGUGCUUUAUAACAUAUUCUAAAUUGUGAGAGCACAUUUGUAUAUCUUUGGAAGGAAAAUGCAAAUGUAUCCAUCUAUUGUUUUUUUUUUUUUUUUUCUGAGUUAGCCUUCAAUCUUGAUAUCUCAGGAUAAAUGAACAAUUUUGUAGCCUUGGUGUAAGUGAACAUCCUGUAUCCCACAUACAGAGAAUGAGGGGAAAGCAGAACUCAGACUCAAGCCCAACAACUGAGUGAAAUUAGACUAGGCUUAUAAUCAGCCUGCUAAAGAAAGGAAGCCAGACUUGGAGAAUGAUAGUCCUCUGUUUUCUCAGACUGAGCCUCUCUGAACAGAGUGCAGUUUAAAGAUUCACUCCUUUCUUAAGUUUUUUUAUUUUAUGUGUAUAAAUAUUUCGUGUGUA